GCGUUCUCCUUUAGAGAACUACAAGCCUGCGCAGCUCAAAGCUCCGGGAAGAGCGAUUCUUCAAGCCCACCCCGUUUCUGCGCCAGAAGCCGGACCCAGCCACCCGCAGCUUGUUGGGGAGGGCGGUGGCCACCUGGCCAACUUUUCAUUGGCCCACAGUCACAUGACUUCGCUUUUCCUCCCCUCUUCCGGUCGCCGAAUGGUUGAGGCCGGAAAAGAACGUCUACCGUGAUUGGCUGAGCCGGGUUGUCAGUCUUCUGGGGUAGCGCAGCGCGGCGCGGCGCGGCGCGGCUCGGCUCGGCGCGGCGCGGCCUGUAGAGCCGUCUGGAAACCCGCUGCAGGGGGAAGAUGGCGGUCGCUGUGAGAACUUUGCAGGAGCAGCUAGAGAAGGCCAAAGAGAGCCUAAAAAAUGUGGACGAGAAUAUUCGCAAGCUCACUGGGCGAGAUCCCAAUGACGUGAGGCCCAUCCAAGCCAGAUUGCUGGCCCUUUCUGGUCCUGGUGGAGGUAGAGGACGUGGUAGUUUAUUGCUGAGGCGUGGAUUCUCAGAUAGUGGAGGAGGACCCCCAGCCAAACAGAGAGACCUUGAAGGGGCAGUCAAUAGGCUGGGUGGAGAAUGUCGGACAAGAAGAGAAUCACGCCAAGAAAGCGACCCAGAGGAUGAUGAUGUGAAAAAGCCAGCACUGCAGUCUUCAGUUGUAGCUACCUCCAAAGAGCGUACACGUAGAGACCUUAUCCAGGAUCAAAAUAUGGAUGAAAAAGGAAAGCAAAGGAACCGGCGAAUAUUUGGCUUGUUGAUGGGUACUCUUCAAAAAUUUAAACAAGAAUCUACUGUUGCUACUGAAAGGCAAAAGAGGCGCCAAGAAAUUGAACAAAAACUUGAAGUUCAGGCAGAAGAAGAGAGAAAACAGGUUGAAAAUGAAAGGAGAGAGCUAUUUGAAGAGAGGCGUGCCAAACAGACAGAGCUGCGGCUCUUGGAGCAGAAGGUUGAGCUUGCACAACUGCAAGAAGAGUGGAAUGAGCAUAAUGCCAAGAUCAUUAAAUAUAUAAGAACUAAGACCAAGCCCCAUUUGUUCUAUAUUCCUGGAAGAAUGUGUCCAGCUACCCAAAAACUAAUAGAAGAGUCACAGAGAAAAAUGAAUGCUUUAUUUGAAGGUAGACGCCUCGAAUUUGCAGAACAAAUAAAUAAAAUGGAGGCUAGGCCUAGAAGACAAUCAAUGAAGGAGAAAGACAGCUCCAGCACGACUGGGAGCAGCAGCAGAGAUAGUAGCAGCAGCACUACUAGUAGUAGUGACAGUAGAAGUCGGAGCAGAGGCCGGGGACAUAAUAGAGAUAGGAAGCACAGAAGGAGCGUGGAUCGGAAGCGGAGGGAUACUUCAGGACUAGAAAGAAGUCACAAAUCUUCCAAAGGUGGGAGUAGUAGGGAUGCAAAAGGAUCGAAGGAUAAGAAUUCCCGCUCUGACAGAAAGAGGUCUAUAUCAGAGAGUAGUCGAUCAGGCAAAAGAUCUUCAAGAAGUGAAAGAGACCGAAAAUCAGACAGGAAAGACAAAAGGCGUUAAUGGAAGAAUCCAGGCUUUCUUAGCCUAUUCGCAGCAGAAGAUUUGAUGAGUAAAAGGAUUACCUUUCCUUGUAAGGAGGAUGCUGCCUUAAGAAAUGCAUGUUGUAAAAAAUCUUUUUGGAAAAUACAGACUGUUUGUUUACCAGACAUUCUUGUACUUUUUGCAUAAUUUUGUAAGAGUUAUUUAUCAAAAUUAUGUGAGGUUCCAAAAUAUGUAUAAAUAAUAAUAAUAAAAAAGAUUAACAUCCCUUGUCAUCUUUUUUAAAUAUCAUACUCUUCAGUAAGAAUCUGUAUAUUUUAAUAGGUAAAUCUUUAAGUCUUGUUCCCUUCUACUGUAAUUCUGUAUCAUAUAUUGCUUUUGUAGAAAUAAAUGUGCAUUUCUUUCAUUAUUUUUGAGAUGUCCUUGUUGACACUUGUAUACUAAAUAACCUCUUGAUACAUUUUCAGCUUUUAUCGUUAGAUGCUAAACACAGAAUGUUACUGAGGUUUCCUCACUUAACUUGCCUCAGACAGUACAUUUUUGAGUUAUCGGAAUCAAGUCUUUGUGGCUGUGAGGGAAUGGUUCUCCUUAAAGAUCAUUUACUAUUUCCUAAUUUCCCUUGUUUUAAUCUGAGCAUUUUCUUGUUUUCUUAAACCAUAUGGUUGGUAGAUAAAAACGAUGAUUUGGUUGUCAUUUUCUUCCUAAUUAUGGGGGCAUCGUUCUUUUGUCUUCAUGGUUACUUGUGUGAUAACAGCAUAUAUAAACUGUUAAAGUCACUUUCUAGGGGAAGGAGGUAGAAGUACAGUAUCUUCUAAUCUUUUGGUUUUUGCAUUUGUGGUCUCAUCUUACCCUUUGUGUUGGCUCUAACUGAAACAUGCCAAUCUGUGGUUUCAAGGAUUUUUUCAUCUAAGGAAGUAUUGUAUGAAAGUUUACAAAAUGAAGGAAGUUCAUCUAUACUUGAAUAUGUAAGCAAGAUAGCACACAAGUGUACCAAGUGAUUAUUAACUUUGUCGUUUUAUGAAUUUGUAUGAACUUUGAGUGUCUGUUGCCCAUUACUAUACAUGUGCAAAUAAAUGUGGCUUAGACUUCUGUGA